CUAAAAUUAAAUACCUGCCGGAGGAGAGUGGAGGCCGAAUGAAACUCGAGAUAUUUACAGGCAACCGCCAUCCUUCUGAAAACAAGUUUCUGGGAAGUUGGAAGCUUUCGAGCUUUUCACAGUCGACCACUUCUAAGGUGAUGUGAUGAAGCAACCUCUUUGCUUUGGUUCUUCUAAAUGGAGGAAAGCCGCUGCAUUACUAGAAAAGGGUCCCAAAAAUUGUUCUUGAUGGGUUCCUUGAGUAGAUAUGAAGAGGCGCGCCAUCUUGUCAGUCUAUUGUUUUCAAAUCUCCUAUCAUCGUCCUUGCUUAAAUCUUGCUGUAAAUUCUUCACUAUUCAUCUUUAGAAGAUGUUUGAGUCAUGGAAUUUCCUUAGGAGCAACACAUACAAGGCCUUUUCCUGACUAUUCCCCUAAGAAACCGUCCAUCAAAGAUGCCGAACUUGUACAUCGCAUCUCCACCACAAUUAAGCUUCGCUGCUCUGAGCCCUUUUGGAGUAUUCUGAAGCCUUAUGAAUCUCAUUUCAGGUCUGACCAUCUUAUUUGGGUCCUCAUGAAUAUCAAGAAUGACUAUAAACUAGUGUUGGAUUUGUUUGACUGGGCAUGCUUACGAAGGGACCCAUCAUUAGAAGCCCACUGUGUCGUUGUACAAAUUGCUGCAGCAUCAAAGGAUCUUAAAACAGCGCAUGAGCUUAUUCAUAAUUUUUGGGCAAAACCCAAGUUAGAUGUUAGUGUUUCAUUCGCUCGCUUUUCUGAUCGGUUGAUAUACACUUACAAGGAUUGGGGUUCAGAUCCCCAUGUGUUCGAUGUUUACUUCCAGGUCCUUGUUGAAACUGGGAUGCUCAAUGAAGCAAGAAAGCUUUUUGAUAAAUUGUUGAGCUAUGGGUUGGUUAUCUCUGUUGAUUCCUGUAAUUUAUUUCUUACUCGGCUAUCAAGCACCUUUGAUGGGAUUGAGAUGGCAAUAAAGUUUUUCAAUGAAUAUCCUGUAGUGGGUUCUCACUGGAACACCAUAUCAUACAAUAUUAUCAUUCAUUGUCUUUGUCGAUUAGGGAAAAUAAAAGAAGCCCACCAUUUACUCCUGCAAAUGGAGUUGAGGGGUUGUAUACCUGAUGUUGUAAGUUAUAGUACUUUAAUCAGCAGAUAUUGUUAUGUUGGAGAACUACAGAAGGUGUUGAAGCUCAUCGAGGAAAUGAAAAUAAAAGGAUUGAUGCAAAAUUCCUAUACCUAUAACAGCAUAAUACUCCUUCUAUGUAAGACUGGUAAACUAUCUGAAGCAGAAAUGUUACUGAGGGAGAUGAUGGUUUUGGGAAUACUUCCUGAUAAUGUUGUCUACACUACUCUAAUUGAUGGAUUCUGUAAGUCGGGGAAUGUUCCUGCUGCAAGUAGGCUAUUUGACGAAAUGCGGGGUAGGAAAGUUGUCCCCGAUUAUAUAACAUAUACUGCCCUUAUUCAUGGAUUUUGUCAAAUAGGGAAGAUGACAGAAGCAGAUAAGCUCUUCAAUGAAAUGGUUAGCAGAGGAUUAGAACCAGAUGAAGUUACUUAUACAGCACUUAUUGAUGGUUAUUGCAAAGCAGGUGAGAUGAUAGAGGCGUUUUCUCUUCACAACCAGAUGGUUAACAUGGGGCUUACCCCAAAUGUUGUCACUUAUACGGCACUGGCUGAUGGCCUUUGUAAAAGAGGGGAGGUAGAUGUAGCAAAUGAACUUCUUCAUGAGGUGUGUAGGAAGGGCCUUCAGCUUAAUGUCUGCACUUACAACUCAAUUAUUAACGGCCUUUGUAAGUUGGGAAACAUAGCAGAGGCAGAAAAAUUGGUGGAACAAAUGGAGGCUGCAGGGCCCUGUCCUGAUACUAUUACUUAUACCACUUUGAUGGAUGCAUAUUGUAAGAUGAGAGACAUGACCAAGGCUCAGAAGGUCCUGCGUGAGAUGCUCGAUAGAGGGCUUCAACCUACAGUUGUCACAUUCAAUGUGCUGAUGAAUGGAUUUUGUUCGUCAGGAAUGGUGGAAGAUGCUGAGAGGCUACUCAAGUGGAUGUUGGAGAAGGGUAUAGUGCCUAAUGCCGCAACCUACAAUUCUCUCAUGAAGCAGUACUGCAUUAGAAAUAAUAUGCGUACUACGACGGAAAUUUAUAGGAGCAUGUGUGCUGGCGGGGUGAUUCCUGAUAGCAACACCUAUAACAUUUUGAUAAAAGGGCAUUGUAAGGCACGGAAUAUGAAAGAGGCAUGGUUUUUGCAUAAAGAAAUGGCAGGGAAGGGAUUUAUUCCCACGUCAAGUUGUUACAGUGCACUUAUUAAGGGUUUUUUCAAGAGAAAGAAAUUUGCAGAGGCAAGGGAACUAUUCAAAGAAAUGAGGAGACAUGGUGUGGUUGCAGAUAGAGAAACAUACAACAUUUUUGUCGAUAUGAACUAUGAAGAAGGGAACAUGGACAUUACUCUUGAUCUUUGUGAUGAAAUUAUAGAGAAUUGUCUUGUUGGCAAGCCCAAGAAUGAAGACACGUAUAAGUUCUUAUUGGUAUCAUUUCUAGACCUUUUCCCAUUGCUUGAUGAAUCUAUACUGCGCAGAAUGUUCUGUAAACACGAACCUACUGCACUCUUGGUAAAGUUGGAGGAUGUAAAAGCAGAGAACAUGCAGAAGUGCCUGCAUCCCAGAAAAUCAGCAAAGAAAAAAGUUAAGCUGAUACGGCUUCACCAGGGGCAAAUUGCAAAUACAACCGCUUCAAGGGCCAACUUAAGACCAAGGAGACCGACUGAGAAUGAAGGACUCGGAAGGAACUCGGAAGAAUUGCAAACUUCGGGCUGCCCCCGAAAUGCUUUCUGGGAACAGCUUUUCGAGUUUGCGAGUAAAUCUGAAUCAAUCAUGGCGAAGAGCAACGUGAAGAUUUUGGGAGCUUGGCCGAGCCCAUACGUGAUGAGGGCUCGGAUCGCGCUCAAUAUCAAGUCGGUGGAGUAUGAGUUUCUGGAGGAGACAUUCGGAUCCAAAAGCCAGCUUCUGCUCCAGUCCAAUCCCGUCCACAAGAAAAUCCCAGUUCUGAUUCACGGCGACAAGCCCGUUUGUGAAUCUCUCAUCAUUGUUGAGUACAUCGAUGAGGUUUGGUCCUCUGGCCCAUCUAUCCUCCCUUCUGACCCGUUCGAUCGCGCUACUGCAAGAUUCUGGGCUGCCUAUAUCGAUGAGAAGUGGUUUCCGGCGAUGAAGGGCAUUGGUGCUGCUCAAGGAGAUGAUGCAAGGAAGGCAGCAGUCGAGAAAGUUGCCGAGGGGCUAGCUCAGUUGGAGGAAGCCUUUCAAAAAACCAGCAAAGGCAAGGACUUCUUUAGUGGAGACAAAAUUGGGUACCUAGACAUUGCGUUCGGGUGCUUCUUGGGGUGGCUCAGAGUCACAGAGAAAAUGAAUGGGGUCAAACUUCUGGACGACGCAAAGAUCCCAGGGCUGGUCAAAUGGGCUGAGAAGUUCAGUGCAGAUCCUGCCGUGAAGGAUGUUAUGCCGGAGACUGACAAGCUGGCUGAGUUUGCUAAGAUUCUUGCAGCCAAAGCGAGAGGUGCAUGGGCUCCCAAGUGAUGAAUUAGUGAAUCUAAUUAACGGAUCUUGUUUAUUUAAACGAGUGAUUAAGUCGGAUGUGUUAGACUGCUGUAGUUUGGUAAACUCGUGGACUUUGGCCUGUUUUAUUUUGCGUCGUGGUUUUUAUGUUAAUUUGACAGUGAAAUAAAAUCAUUUACGUGCUUCUAUUA